GUGUACCGAGGUCCCCACUCCCCCACCCCUCGUCUUGCAUGUGGAGCGUCUGCUGGCGGUCGGACUUUCUGCACCAGGGUUCGCGCCACUGCAGGGGGAAAAGCAGCAGCAGCAGCAGCAGCAGCAGCGGUGGAGAUGGAGAUGGAUUGUUGAUAUCUGCCUGUCCCGUUUCCCGUUCCUUUUUCACCCGGCUGACGUCAUGCUCCACGUCUCUCCAUAGUUUUAGCCGAACAAAAUGAGGAUUUCUUGCCAUCAGCUUUUACUGAUAUUUUCCUGCGUACGCGGACUCGCCAUGGGGGCUUUUCCGAGCAGCGUUCAAAUCGGUGGGUUGUUCAUCAGAAACACAGAUCAGGAGUACACUGCCUUUCGCUUGGCCAUAUUUCUGCACAACACAAGCCCAAAUGCGUCGGAGGCACCCUUUAACCUGGUGCCCCACGUCGACAACAUUGAGACAGCUAACAGCUUCGCUGUCACCAACGCCUUCUGCUCGCAGUACUCGAGGGGCGUAUUCGCCAUUUUCGGCCUGUACGACAAGCGAUCUGUGCACACGCUGACGUCCUUCUGUGGGGCACUGCACAUCUCCCUCAUCACACCCAGUUUCCCCAUCGAGGGUGAGAGUCAGUUUGUGCUGCAGUUGAGGCCGUCUAUACGAGGAGCGCUGCUCAGCAUCCUCGACCACUACGACUGGAACCGCUUCGUAUUCCUAUAUGACACCGAUCGGGGAUACUCUAUCCUCCAGGCCAUCAUGGAGAAAGCAGGUCAGAAUGGCUGGCAGGUCAGUGCAAUUUGCGUGGAGAACUUCAACGAUGCAAACUACCGGCAGCUCCUGGAGGAUUUGGACCGCAGGCAGGAGAAAACCUUUGUCAUAGACCUGGAGCCAGAACGACUCACCAACAUGCUGGAACAGAUCGUGAGCGUUGGCAAGCAUGUCAAAGGCUACCAUUACAUUAUGGCUAAUUUGGGUUUUAAGGACAUCAAUCUGGAGCGUUUCAUGCAUGGCGGGGCAAACGUGACAGGCUUUCAGCUGGUGGACUUCAGCAAUCCUAUGGUGAUUAAACUCCUGCAGCGCUGGAAUAAGCUGGACCAGAGAGAGUAUCCCGGUUCAGACGUACCUCCGAAGUACACCUCUGCUCUGACGUAUGACGGAGUGAUGGUGAUGGCAGAAGCUUUCAGGAACCUGCGCAGGCAGAAGGUGGACAUCAUGCGUAGGGGCAAUGCUGGAGACUGUCUGGCAAAUCCGGCAGCUCCCUGGAACCAAGGCAUCGACAUGGAGCGCACUCUAAAACAGGUCCGGCUCCAAGGAUUAACAGGAAAUGUCCAAUUUGACCACUAUGGCCGCCGAGUCAACUACACUAUGGACGUGUUCGAGUUGAAAAGCAACGGCCCCAGAAGAAUUGGCUACUGGAAUGACGCAGAUAAAUUGGUCCUGAUCCAGGACCAAGCCUUGCUUCCGAAUGAAACAUCCGGAAUGGAUAACAGGACGGUGAUUGUGACGACUAUUAUGGAAGGCCCAUAUGUGAUGCUGAAGAAAAACUGGGAGAAUUACGAGGGUAAUGACAGGUAUGAGGGAUACUGUGUGGAUCUGGCGUAUGAGAUCGCCAACCACAUUGGCAUCAAAUACAAGAUCUCUAUCGUGCCAGAUGGGAAGUAUGGAGCUCGGGACCCAGACACGAAGAUCUGGAACGGCAUGGUUGGGGAGCUGGUGUACGGGAAAGCGGAAAUCGCUGUGGCCCCAUUGACUAUAACCUUGGUCCGGGAGGAGGUCAUUGAUUUUUCUAAACCAUUCAUGAGCUUGGGCAUCUCCAUCAUGAUCAAAAAGCCACAGAAGUCCAAGCCAGGUGUAUUCUCCUUCCUGGACCCAUUGGCCUACGAGAUCUGGAUGUGCAUCGUGUUCGCCUACAUUGGCGUGAGCGUGGUGCUCUUCCUGGUCAGCCGCUUCAGCCCGUACGAGUGGCAUACCGAGGAGCCCGAAGAGGGCACCGACGGUCUGCCCAGUGACCAGCCCCCCAAUGAGUUCAGCAUCUUCAACAGUCUCUGGUUCUCCCUGGGAGCCUUCAUGCAGCAGGGGUGUGACAUCUCACCCAGGUCUCUGUCUGGUCGUAUCGUGGGAGGUGUCUGGUGGUUCUUCACCUUAAUCAUCAUCUCCUCCUACACGGCUAACUUGGCUGCCUUCCUCACCGUAGAGAGAAUGGUGUCACCCAUCGAGAGUGCCGAAGACCUGGCCAAGCAAACAGACAUAGCAUAUGGCACGCUAGACUCGGGAUCCACCAAAGAGUUUUUCAGGAGGUCAAAGAUCGCCGUAUAUGAGAAAAUGUGGAGUUACAUGAAGUCAGCUGAGCCCACGGUGUUCACCAAGACCACAGCGGAGGGCGUGGCUCGUGUGAGGAAGUCUAAAGGAAAGUACGCCUUCUUGCUGGAAUCCACCAUGAACGAGUACACGGAGCAGCGCAAGCCCUGCGACACCAUGAAAGUUGGAGGCAACCUGGACUCCAAAGGCUACGGAGUGGCUACGCCCAAGGGCUCACAGUUAAGAACUCCUGUAAACCUUGCCGUUUUGAAACUGAGUGAAUCAGGCAUCUUAGACAAGCUGAAAAACAAAUGGUGGUACGAUAAGGGCGAGUGUGGACCCAAGGACUCGGGAAGUAAGGACAAGAGCUCGCAGGCCCUGAGCCUCAGUAACGUGGCUGGGGUCUUCUACAUCCUGGUUGGGGGUCUGGGCCUGGCCAUGUUGGUAGCCCUCAUCGAGUUCUGCUACAAGUCACGCAAUGAGGCCAAGAGAAUGAAGCUGACCUUCACCGAAGCCAUGCGGAACAAGGCCCGGCUGUCAAUCACAGGCAGUGUGGGCGAGAACGGCCGUGUCCUGACCCCUGACUGCCCCAAGGCCGUGCACGCCGGCCCCUCCCUGCGUCAGAGCUCCGGGCUGGCUCUGGUCUCAUCCGACCUGCCGUGAAGACCAAAAACCUCCAAGUGCCUUAAAUCCCACCGACCCACAAAUCCAACUGAGACGCAAAACAGCUAUGUUCACAGUCCGAGGGAUCAAUGGCCCACUUCAGUCGCUCCAUAUACUGAACAUCCAGAAAAGGACUCAAAAUUCCACUGUGUGGCCGUGAUGAGAUGUUUUCAGCCCAGCUGCUGAGAGGCAUGCACUUGAAACCUGUAAUAAGAACUUGCGUUCAAGUGGAGCAGAGAUGACCAGAGGACCAGAAAACUGUCAUUCAGAAACACACCCAGAACUAUUUUGGGGCAAAACUAAAGCUGAGGCAUAAAUAUCAAUUCAGUGUUGAUAAUUAAAAUGGAUUGUGCAGGAGGGUUUCAGCUGUAACAUGAAUUUAAAAAUAACAAUUCCAACAGUAUUAAUGAUAAAUACGUACUAAAAAACUGUGAAGAGUUUGUGUAUAUCCUCAAAUCAUAACUAAAGAAAUUAUUUACACUGCUUUGUAAAUAGAACUAAAGACUGUACACACUCGCUUGCUUUUUAAACAUGUGUAAAUAGCCAAUUCUGUCGUGGACAAUAGUAUAAUUCUCUCUUUUUUUAUUUUCUCCUAGUUAGAAACAUGCAAUAAAUGAUAGAAAAUUGUAAAGAAAUAAAAAAUGAUUUAUUUAUAUAGACAGUAUAAAAAUAAUACAGUAUAUAAAACUCUAUAAACUGAAUUAAACGGGCAUGUUAUCAACACUGAGAACGUCCUCAAGCCGACACUCGGGAAAGGUGGUUUUACGGUAUAUCUAGAUAAACCAGAACGCCCAUCCUCAUGCCCUGCUUAUUCACUGUGCAGUUGUAGACCAUGGACCUUUAUAGACUGUUUUAUUUUCCUCAGAAACAGACUUUAUUUUGAUUGAUUUGUAUAUUUUAAAAAAGAAAAAAAGGUUGUCAGGUCGGGAAUUUCCAUGUUUGCCUCCAAGCAGCCGUGCGCUCAUGAAUCAGAUGAGACUAUGAGCGAGUGGAACGUUUUCAGGAAGUGAACUCGGUAGAAAUGACCCUGAAGAUACUGUAGAGUCGAGAGCCAUGGUCAGAGCACAGCUUUGACCUUUUCUAACAAAACACUGUGUGACCUCAACCAGGCCUUGAGCACCUUCUCCUCCAGAACCUGUAGCAGUGGAGCUGUCUCGAAAACCAUCAAGGGGAUAUGAAUCCAUGCUGUAUUUCACUGAACAUUUGGACUUAAAGGACGUCCUCUAUGCUUCAGGGCACCAAACGAGACACCGAAAGCUCAACUAAUUCCUAGUCAAGCUGGCAUUUUACCUUAGAAAGUGCAAUUUCAGGUCUCCUAAUCAUAAGAAACUUACACAUACACCUUGUCUAUCACUAGUUAUUUUUGGUGUCUCUCAGCCUCUCUCUCUCUCUCUCUCUCUCUCUCUCUCUCACACACACACACACACACACACACACACACACACACACACUCACAUAAACACAG